UCAUUGCACUAGUAUAUAAACGGGGAGACUUUCUACUACUCUGUGCGUGUUUAUGUCACUGAUCUAGUAGGAAAAUUCCGCGGUUUAUGCGCGUCUUCUUUUGGUCCAAGCGAUUCGCCGUCGUGCGAUGACGUAGGCAGCUUCGCCAUUUUUAAACCAUUGGCGGUUUUUGCGAUUUCGGUUACUUUGCUUUACAUGGACGCAGCAGCAGCAACAACAACAACAACAACGAAAUCCUAUAGAGCGAAAUGGAGCGCGGAAGACCGAGCCGAGCUGCCGGCAGGCUGUCUGAGCUGCCGAUGCGAGGGCAAAAUACCAGGAUGAGCACGGCGCACAUAACUCCCCGCAGGGAAGAUCCUUCAAUGGGAAGGCUCACCAUGUCCAGACAACUACCGCAGACAUCUGAGCAGCGGAUAAGCUUCUUCGGUCAACGUACAAGUGGAGCCAGCAUGCCACGCAGCAGCUUAAUUUAUGGCUUUGGAGGCCCCGAGAAGCUCAAAGAUGCACGGCCUCUGCAUGACAAGUCUUACGUUCAGCAGUGCAUCAGACGGCUGCACGAGUAUCUGAUGGACCAGGGCUACAACGUGUCACCCAAGACCCUCCAGUCGCCAUCCACCAAGGAGUUUGUCAAGAUCUUUGAGUUCAUCUAUCGUCAGCUGGACCCCACUUUUGAAAUGUCGAAAUCCAAAGUGGAGGAGGAGGUUCCGGCUCUCCUCAAGUCGUUAAGAUAUCCAUUUGUUCUGUCCAAGAGUUCUAUGUAUUCCGUGGGCGCUCCCCAUACCUGGCCUCAGGCGCUGGGUGCCCUCAUGUGGUUGAUUGACACUGUCAAGAACUUCACAAGUCAGACCCAACAGGAUCUUCUAUUUAUGGACUUUGUCGACGACGGCGACAACAUCGACGACAAUGCAGAUUACAACAGGCUCUUUCUCAAAAAUACAGAGACUGCAUACGUCAAAUUCCUGCAGGGCGAGGACAACUACGAGGAGGACGACGAGGCCUUCAUUUCUGAGCUCAAGAAGAUGUGCAACUAUGAUGAAGAGAGGGUUGCUGCCAUGGAGAAUAAACACAGGGUGCUGAUGGAAGAGGUACAACGACUGGAGAAGGAAAACAAAAAGGACCGUCUCGAGACAAAGAGGACAGCCAAGAUUAAGCUGCAGUUGGACAUCCAGAAGAUCUGCGAAUAUCGCUCUGGGAUUCAGUCCUUUCUUUCGAACUUAGAGGAAAAGGACGCGGAGCUGGACGAUGAGCUGAAACUUGCCGGCAACACUUUGGAAUCUCUGAAAGUCGAGCAGGCCAGGCUGCAAGAGCUCCAGAAAAAACAAAUUUACACGCCGGCCGACAUAGAGAGAAUCAAUCAGGAGAAGCGGGUGCUCCUGGAGGCCAUCGCCAGUCACGCCAAGUCUCUGGAGCAGGCCGAGCAGCACAAGUGGAGCGAAGAGAUCUCGUUGGCCAAAGUGAAAGAGAAGGCUGAGUUGAAGCUUACCGAGUACCACAAGCUGGCUCGCAAGCUGAAGCUGAUCCCGAUGUCUGCCGAGAACGCCUGUGGCCAUGACUUUGAACUCAAGCCUUUUCAAUGUGGACCCAGGAACAUCCACACCAAGUCACUGACGCAGCAUCUUAAAAAGCUGAUCUCUGACUUGGAGGAGGAUCGUAGCCGACUGUCCAAUGCCAAGUUCAUCCUGGAGCAGUCUUGUGAACAGUUGAACUCGAACAUCUUGGACAAGGAGAACGACCAAAAGCAGCUGAAAGAGCAGAUCCGCAAGGUAGAUGAGCGCUUGGAGGCCAACCAGAAGGAGCUGGCCCGAGAGAACCAAGAGUGGGCAAUGGAGCUGGAGAGGGUCGAGGGUAAUCGGGAUCUGCUUGAGGAGAAGGUCAACUCUGGUUAUGAUGAAGCUAUGCAGCAGCAUAAGGCGCUGCAGCAAGAGUACCAUCUGGUUCUGCUGGAGACCACAGAGGAGAAGCGAACUGUCUCCAACAACCUCGCCAGCGUCUUCACCACGGCAGCAGACCACCUGUCCAAAACCGAGAAAUUUUUGGAGGAGGUGCACAGCCACAUGCCGCAGGUGUUUGCGAAGGCAAUUGAGGACGACGACAAGGCUGUGAAGGAUCUGAAGGAGAUGCUCAGCUCCCUCAGGUCCAAGGUUGAAAAAGCUAAAAAGUAGCUAAGUCGCCAGUUUAGAGUUUUGGUUUUGAGCUGAAGUUCUUUUGUUUUGUGUCUUCAGUUAACUUUCUAAUAAAGAGUUUGAAAUGUA